AAGGCUGAGUAUUAUUUUAAUUAAAUCUAGAAUGAGUAAAUCACUACACGGAGCACAACAAAAAAGAGAGAAGACUAUCUUUCCCGCUGACUUCUUUCAAGGAUCCAGAACAAGUGACCCUGGCAAGAAGUAUCACAUACCUAGAGUUAGCAUGGGUAAAGAUCGCUGCACUGUUCAUCGAAAUUUGAUGUAUUCACCAAAGAAAGAGGUUCUCCAAUCAGAAUCCACCUCUGAUAUUUCCAGAGAAAGCAUAAGUGAAGAGAAUAUAAAACUGCCAGAGAUCAGAAGGAAAUUUGAUGGAGAGAAAUUAGUAGAAUUUAAAUUCCCAUACCAAAAGGAUAAAGGCCAGAAGGUUCAAAAGAGUUUCAAAAGUACCCAGAGGGAAAAUAGUAUUUCUAGAAGCGUCAUUGUCAAACAAGCUGAUGAUAUCUCACCUGUCUCUCACAGCACGAGCUUAGAUUGAGCAGUCCUUCAGAGAGAUAACAACCUUCCUAGUAUUCGCGGAAGAGAGAAAAGAGUCUCUUCUUCCAGAAUCAAUUAUAGAUGAAUUCCAGAGGGAUCGAGAGCUUCCUUGAAGGGAAAGAUUGAAGAUGGAUAUUCAUCUUACUGCCCUAAAACAGAGAUCAAGGUAGGAGGAAAAGGACUGAUGAUUGGUAAGAGUAAGGACUUGACAAAAAUGAACCUAUCCAAGGAAAAGCUAGCAGGUUUGAAAUCUCACCCAAAACUACAAUUGUCAAAAGCAGAUUCAUCAGACAGCGAAGCUGAGAGAAUGUUCGAUCUGAUCAAUGAAAAUGCAUUCGAGGAGCUAUGUGAGCUCACCAAGGAUGACAAUCCCUUUGAUUCUAUCCUACCUUCUGAGCAAGAUUUGUACUAUAAAGGUGGCACAAGUUUAAGAGGAGCGUCUGCCAAUUCUAACAUUUCUGAUGAAGAGGUAAAUCUACAUCAAAAACCCUUACAUAAAGGGUCUGUAAAGGAAAAGAAUGUAUCUGAGUGCCUAAAUAGGACUCCAUUUAAGUUAUCUGUAGAGUCUCCAGAAGCAUGUGCACAGAAAACAGCAUAUUUUGGACAUGCUGAGUAAUCCUAAUUCCUAAUUUUCUAAGCGUAAUUUCAAUAAU